AUGAAAUAUAAGAAUCUUUCAAGUUUGUUGUCAGCAUCUACAGAUAUUAAGAGAGUCACUAAGAAUGGACAGAGAUACUAUCAAGGUAUACCGGGUACGCCCAACAAGCUGUUUCCCUCGGUGACAACCGUACUGAAGAUGAUCAACAAACCGAUGUUGAAACAAUGGGAGUUGAACACCGUUGUACAAUCGCUGAAGGAAUCGUACUUUGCAAAACGACCGAAAGAUGGUUUUGCAACGUUGGCACAGGAGAAGCAGUGGAUCGACCAGCUCAUCGUCGAAGCGAAACAAAGUCCGUUCAAGGUAAUGGGUGACGCCGCAUCGUUUGGCACGAAAGCGCAUCUCGCCAUCGACAACUCUGUGCUGGCGCCAAAGGAUGAAGUUGCUAGUGUCGCUGAGCUCGCCUCGCUCGAGCGUGAAGUCGUGCCGGUGCGACUGGCGUUCGACGAGUGGAAACAGCGCAGUGGCUUGACGAUGGAACUGCGUGAUUCGAUCGUCUGGUCGGAGCGCUACCAGUAUGCUGGCGCGGUAGACGCCGUCGGCCGGAAAGCAGACGGCACGCUCGUGGCACUCGAUUGGAAAACCAGCAACUACAUCAACAAUGAGUAUGCGCUGCAGGUGUGUGCCUAUGCCAAGGCACUCGAGGAGCUGACCGGCGAGAAGAUCGGUGAGGCAUGGGUGGUCAAGUUCAACAAGAAACUGCCGUUGUUUGAAACCAAGUUUAUCAAAGAUAUCGAUCGUACCUUCAAUACAUUUGUCAACGUACUGGAGUUGUUUAACCAUUAUGAACAAUCAGACUUUUUCGACGAGAGCAUUCAACUUACAAACGUGCCAAGAGAGACACUUUCAGCAAAGAGUGAAGAGUAUAUUCAUUUUACAUCUUCACAUUCAAACAAUACAACAACUUCACAACAACAACCAACUAAUCAUUAUAUAUCAUCGAAGCAACAACAACAACCGACUGCCAAUGAAAAACUGGAGAAAGAAGGAGAAACAGAUUUAUUAUCAAGUAUAACACAACAUUUAACAUCAACAUCAACAUCAUCAACAACAGAAUCGACAACCUCGACAUCAUCAUCAGCAACAACAACAACAACGAAUAAUAAUAGUAAAUUAAGAUUUACUAUUAGAAAUAGUGGAAACCCAUUAAAAGUUAAUAAUUAA